AUGUUCACUCAGGAGUUUGAGCGGCAAGCUGCAAAGCUUCAGCAGCUUUCACUGGAGAAUGAGCAGCUCAAAGAGAUUGCGCAAGGGCAUGCCGACGCGGGAAACAAGACAGGCUCCAGCUUUCGAUCGGAGCCUUCUGAUGUUCGACGGCCAGCCAGCGUCGCUCCAACAAAGCGUGCUGCCACCGAUCAUUCUUUAGAGGAUGCUGGUUACGAUCAGGUGCGAAGGAAUAUCUCCGGGCCGCGCCUGGCUGCAUCCAGCCAUGUGCCCCCGCCUCCUGUCGAGGAACCAAGCUCUUUGAAAAAGUCUGACCCCUCGACAUCCGUGGGCACCAACACCAGUUUCGCGGAGGUGCAAGAGCUGAGCAAGUUGUACACGCAGUCCUGGGAAACUUCUGGCCAGCAGCUCGAUCCGUCAAAGUCGAGAGCUUGGGUUGGGAGAUCACAGGUUUCGAAGUUGGUCAAGGAGGAGAAGAUAGGCUUCAUGAUCAUGCGCGCAGGGAAAACCAAGGAGUUCUCUCAGGGGAAGCCGUGGUACGUCAUCAAUCCAGAAAGCAAUUGGUUUGGCACGGGUUGGCAGUGUAUUACCUGCGCGGCAUUGAUCUUCGUGGCGCUCGUCACCCCACUUCAGAUCGGCUUCUUCCAGGUCCAAUGGGACUUCUCCCUGGUGGUUAGUGUUGUGGUGGACACCGUCUUCCUCAUCGACUCCAUACUUCAGUUCUUCACUUCUUACCGGCGGUUGACUGCUCGCGGCAUGCAGUGGGAAGUCCGUCUCCACAAGAUAGCACUCAAUUACUUGAAGACGUGGUUCGUACUUGAUGUGAUAACCCUUGUUCCCUUCGACAUUCUCGGUCUGACCAUGGGCAACGAGGGUGUUGCGUCCUGGAAAUCGAUCCGGGCUUUGCGAGUGCUCCGCUUGCUGAAGCUCUUCCGGCUCCUGAAGACGUCCAGGAUCAUGCACCGCUUCGAGAUUCCCUAUUCUAUACCUUACCAGCACAUCGCACUUUUCCGAUUCCUUGUUAUUCUCCUCCUCAUGGUUCACUGGCAGUCGUGCGUUUGGGCCAUGACGCUGCAGCUGGUUGAUGGAGACCAACCGCAAUGGCUGGAUGACAUCGAGGCCACAGAUCUGCUUUUCGGCGCUGAUCGGGACUCAGCCCUCACCACGUACAUAGCGUCCUUCUAUUUCUGUUCAUACACUAUGACUUCCGUCGGCUAUGGCGAUCUGGGCCCCAAAAACAUCGUGGAACGCCUGAUCUGCAUCUUCAUGGUGAUGUCGUCUGGCCUCUGCUGGGCAUACGUCUUGGGCGAGGUGUGUGCAAUCGUGGCGGACUUCAACGCAGAGAGCCAGAUCUUCCGGAAGAAGAUGCACCAUCUGAACAGGAUGAUGGCAGACCAGGAGCUGCCUUUCGACAUGCGAAGUCGCUUGCGCAGCUUCUUCCUCUCCAAUCGGUUUCUGAUGCAGCAUCUGCAUCAGCAAGAGCUCCUGGGACAGCUUAGCCCGCAGCUGCAGUCAGAGGUCUGCACAGCGCUUCACUUAACAUGGAUUGCCAAAGUCCACUUCUUUGCUCAGUUCAUGCGGCUUGUGGAUGCACUUGAAACUCGCGGAGUUCAUACGGCUCCUUAUCGCGCCUGUGUCGCCGACAUCUCCCGCCAGCUUGAACUGCAAGCAUUUGCUCAGCAAGAAAGCUUCGACAAUGUGCAGGUGCUCUACAUCCUGUCCAAAGGACUGGUUGCUUUGAACAGCCAUGUUCAGAGAGAUGGUGCUGUAUGGGGCGAAGACUUCGUCCUCUCAGACACGAGUUUGAUACGACCGGUGGCAGGCUAUGCUCUAACGUAUAUCGAGGUGCUCUAUCUCACGCGGGAACGGUUCAUGGGAGUCAUCGAGCGACGAAAGCGGACCUGCCCUCAACUCGGAUACAUUGUCAGGCGCUACUGUGUGCGAGUCGCCGUCUUCCGUGGGGUAAUUGCAGAAGCUAGACGACGUGUGCGACGUCAGGCCACUUGGUAG